CAGAAGUUCAACAAUGAUUUAGAACUUCCGAUAUUGUGCUUCUUGGCUGGAGUUUGGGGGACUGGCCAGCAGUAUGUCUGAGACCCGGCACACAGCCUUGGUGACAGUAGGCUUCGGCCAGGGUAGUGAGGUGGAUAGUGUGCCCAUGGGAAGCCGGAUGACGCACAUCCCAGAGGCCCCGGCUGGGCAGCGGGGUCCAGGCAAGACCCAGUCUUCAGGCCCGAGGCGUCUGAUGCACCAGAGCACCCUGUCACUAGGGGACCCACAGGGAUCUGGGACCAGCUACACGACCACCCACACUCAGAGUUACUGUGGGCGGGAGGCCGACGGCCAACCGCUGGUCUUCUUUCUCCGAGAUCCCGCCUACCCCUCCCAGCACACCAGUCAGCUGGACCUGAGUCACACAUCCACCAGCCAAUCACAGACACACAGCAGAGACAUCCAUAACCACAAAGACAUCAUCCCGUUCAAUGUUCUUCAUAGGCUGGGUCAGAGUAAUUGGUCUCGUAAUCGCGACGGCGUGGCCAUGAGAGAGGUGACCAAUCCGAAGGAGCCCACCUCCUACUGGACGACCUAUCGCAGUGAGCACAGGAGUCCUAGCCCCUCUCCAUCACCACACGACCCCACUGGUAGACCCACACUGUGGCAUCAACAUGAUAUACUGACAGGUGAGGCCAGGAGUCCAGCAGGCCCAGGUAACGCCAGGAGACAGUCUGGAGAGAGAGUCCUGUGGGCAACGCGACGCUGGGAGACGGACUGCUGUUCCCUCCGACUCUACUAAACACACACAAUUCAACUCUCAACGUUCAACACCAUAGUGCCCACGAAGCGCAUCACUAAGCUAAGGACCCUGGGACUAAACACCUCCCUCUGCAACUGGAUCCUGGAAUUCCUGACAGGCCACCCCCAGGUUGUAAGGCUAGGCAACAAUACAUCUGCCACGUUGAUCCUCAACACUGGGGCCCCUCCGGGGUACGUGUUUAGUCCCCUCCCGUUUUCCCUGUUCACCCACGAGUGCGUGGCCAAGCACGAUUCCAGCACCAUCAUUAAGUUUGCUCACGACAACAGUGGCAGGCCUGAUCACCGACAACGAUGAGAGCCUAUAGGGAGGUUAGAGACAUGGCAGUGUAGUGCCAGGACAACAACCUCUCCCUCAAUGUGAGCAAGACAAAGGCGCUGAUCGUGGACUACAGGAAAAGUAGGGCCGAACACGUCCCUAUUCACAUCGACGGGGCUGUAGUGGAGCAGGUUGAGAGCUUCAAGUGUCCACAUCACCAACAAACUAUCAUAGUCCAAACACACCAAGACAGUCCUGAAGAGGGCACAAAAAUGCCUUUUCCCCCUCAGGAGACUGAAAAGAUGUGGCAUGGGUCCCCAGAUCCUCAAGAGUUCUACAGCUGCACCAUCGAGAGCAUGCUGACCGGUUGCGUCACAGCCUGGUAUGGCAACUGCUCUGGGUAGCGCGCAUGGCCCAGUAUAUCACUGGAGCCAAGCUUCCUGGCAUCCAGGACCUAUAUACUAGGCGGUGUGAGAGGAAGGCCCCCAAAAAAUUGUCAAAGACUACAGUCACUCAAGUAAUAGACUGCAUUGUUGGUUUAGGGCUUGUAAGUAGUUCUCUUUAGCCCAUGUCAUUAUGAAUCACAGAAUUAAUCAUUAGAUUGUUCUCUAGAAUAUUAUAAACAUAAUAUGCUUGUACUUAAGUGUUGAUUAAAUGAGAACGUUAGUUUGUUGUGACCUUCGCUAGUUUAGAUCGACCAGCAUUAGGAUACAUCUCGUCCAUAUUUCGGCAUUUUUAUAUGGUAACAUUAGGAGGCGUUUCUGCGCUUUGGAUAACUGAUACCCUCAUCAAUUUCAUCUUCCAGAUCAGUGGCUUUCUAUUCCUCUAAUCAAUCAAUGUUGUGAGGGGCCGUUUCUAUGGCAAUUUAGACAACGGGUGGGUCUAAUCCUGAAUGCUGAUUCCAGCCUGUGUCUACGCCACAAAUUACCACCUGCUAAAUCUACUACGUUAAAAUGCCUAUUUGUAUCGGGACUAUAUAUUGUGGAAGGAUGAAAUUGUAUGAAUAAAUGAAUCAAGACAA